GGGCAUCACAAACACAACACACACUUACACACACGGGUUCACUGUGGGUGGAGAGACACGCGUCCAGCUCAGACAUGGACCUGACGGACUCCACUGCCGUUUAAUAGCCGCUGUUUGAUCGCUCGGAGUGUUUAUAAUCUCUGACUGACAGACAGAAGAGCAGGCGAAGUGUUUGACGAAUCAUGAGCGCGCGCGUCCGCUGUUUUUUAGCCUCUUCACGUGAUGCUCAUCUUUUAGUUUACUAAUCAUCGUCCCGCAAAACAUUACGAUGAAGGACACUGGAGAGUCAAAGGACCAGCAGCUGACAGUGGCCCUGAGGAUUCGGCCAUUGAGUGAUGCUGAACUGGAGGAAGGAGCCACUAUUAUAGCCCACAAAGUGGAUGACCAGAUGGUGGUGCUGUUGGACCCCAUGGAGGAUCCAGAUGAUAUUCUUCGAGCUCAUCGAUCCAGAGAGAAGACUUAUAUGUUUGACGUGGCCUUCGAUUAUUCAGCCACGCAGGACGAGGUGUACAGAUACACCACUAAAGGCUUGAUUGAAGGACUCAUAUCAGGGUACAACGCCACUGUUUUCGCCUACGGACCCACAGGUUGUGGGAAGACUUACACCAUGCUGGGAACAGACAGAGAACCUGGCAUCUACGUUCGAACAUUAAACGACCUGUUCAAAGCCAUUGAAGAAACCAGUGAUGACAUGCAGUACAGCGUCUCCAUGUCCUACUUGGAGAUCUACAAUGAGAUGAUAAGAGACUUGCUGAAUCCGUCAUCUGGGUUCCUGGACCUGAGAGAGGACUCAAAGGGAGAGAUACAAGUGGCGGGAAUCACAGAGGUCUCCACCAUUAAUGCACGAGAGAUCAUGGAGUUGUUAAUGAAGGGAAACAAACAGAGAACUCAAGAGCCGACUGCAGCCAAUCAGACGUCUUCUCGCUCUCACGCUGUGCUGCAGGUGGUCGUGCGUCAACAGAGUCGAUGCCGAGACAUCCUUCAGGAAGUGCGAUUCGCACGACUCUUCAUGAUCGACCUGGCGGGGUCUGAACGGGCUUCGCAGACACAGAACAGGGGUCAGAGGUUAAAAGAGGGCGCUCAUAUCAACCGUUCUCUGCUCGCCCUGGGGAACUGUAUCAACGCUUUGAGCGAAAAGAAUGGCAACAAGUAUGUAAACUACAGAGACAGCAAGCUGACACGAUUGCUCAAGGACUCUCUAGGAGGAAACAGUCGGACGGUGAUGAUUGCACACAUCAGCCCUGCGUCUCUGGCCUUUGAGGAUUCACGAAACACCCUGACCUAUGCCGACCGUGCCAAAAGCAUCCGCACACGGGUGAAAAGAAACCUGUUGAAUGUGUCCUAUCACAUCGCCCAGUACACCAGCAUCAUCUCUGACCUGCGCAGUGAGAUUCAGAGACUGAAGAAGAAGAUUGCAGACCAGGCCAGCAGACAAAUCAACCCAGACAGAACAGACAUCCGCCAUGUGCAAGCGGAGGUACAGGCUCACUCCUCUCAGCAAAGCCGGGCUGAGAUGGACCAACUGCGGGAACAGCUGAUCGAUGCCUUCAGACAGCAGAUGGACAUCAGGAAGCGUCUUAUGGAGCUGGACAACAGCAACAUGGAGAUCCAGAUCGACACAUCCAAACACCUGCUGACAAUCGCAGACUGGGAGCAGGAACGCUUCAGGAGAAGGAAGAAAUGGCAAGGAGAGAGGAGGAAGGAGAGUUUUAAUAAGGAUGAAAGCGAGAAAGACUCUGACUCUCCAGAAUCGUUGCCUGACAGUACUGAGACACAAGAAGUGGCCAUUGCCAGAGAGAAUCUCGUCACACUCAUGGCCGAACAGAAGAAAAUACAAAAACAGAAGGCUGGACUGGAGCAGCGUCUGGCAGAGCUGAGAGAAAAAGCACGACGUCUGGAAGAGCUUCUGCCUCGCCGCGUGAGCUCAGAGGAGCAGAGAGAAGUGCUCUGUCUGCUGUGUAAAGUUCAUGAGCUGGAGAUCGAGAAUGCAGAGAUGCAGUCCAGCGCGCUGCUCAAAGACAACGUGAUCCGGCAGAAGAACGUGGUGGUGCAGCGUUUCGAGCAGCACAGGCACCUCUGCCAUGAGAUCAUCCAGCAGCAGAGGCAGUUUAUCGAUGAUCACAGUCUCCUGGUUCCUCCUCAUCUUCAAGAGCUCUAUGAGAUGUACAUGAAGGAAAUGGAUGAGAAGAACUUGGACAGAGUUGUGGCUCUUGAUAAGUUUACCAUCCGUACCCUCAAGGUACAUCAUGAGGGUUCUCUGCCCAAAAUCACCCUCCCCAGUAGAGGUCGCGACCCUUUGCAGGAGCUGGAUUCAGACCAGGAGAGCGUUCGCACACUGGCCUCAGACAACAGACAAGGCCGGACCAAACUGAGGAGACACACGCUGCCUCCCAUCCUCCCAGAGCCUGAUGGAGAGCGAGUGUUUAAGAGCAGUCACAAACAGAUGAAGAACACUGUAGUGAUGACUCCUCCACCCAUUCACAUCAACGGCCAGGGCAACAGAGAGCUGUUGCCAUCUGUCCUGGAUGAGGCUCUGAGAUGCAGUCAUCUCAGUCACAGUAUGAGCAGCCAUCUGGACUCCUCACCUGAGAGCAGUGAGAACGGCACUGACGCCCCGCUCACACCUAAAGAGCGACAGCAGAUUUUAAGAGGAGUGCAGAACAUUGCAGUAAAGGCUGCUCGCCGCCGCUCUAAAGUUCUAGAAAUAGACGCUCUCCGGUUGCCUCCGCCACCAUCACCCUUGGACCCCAAGAAGCACAAGAGUAACCUGUCUCUGAGUGAGGCGCCCCCUAAAGGCCCGGUGCUGCGGCGCGGGAGACAACCCAGCCCAGAGCUACGCCAUGCCACCUCAGAUGACAACCUCUCCAGCAGCACAGGUGACGGUCCCGCACCCAAUGGUACAUGGACACGCCCACGGAACCGACAGGCUGUCAGGAACGCCGGCCCGAGGGAGCAGGACUUUGAGGGUCGCAGACGCAAGAGGAGGUCUCGAUCAUUCGAAGUUACAGGACAAGCAUUGUCUCAGGCGAAGAACACCAACCAGAGAUUUCGUCCCCUGGACAGCACUUCUGAUCCCCAUCUUCACAUUAAUGGUCAUCCCCCGGCCCCACUCCUGCGGCCCCAGCACAGAGCACAAGCUCAGCUUACAAAAGCUCGACCUUCUCACAACAUCCACCAAACAGGAUCGACAGCAGAUGUCACUUCCUCCAACCCGCCGUCCCACCUCAUCAAGCGUGGUCCCCAAACCAGGCAACUUCAGCCCUUGUUGUACGUCACAACCACAGGAACAGGAGGCCAGCGUACCCGCAAACACUGAAGAGGGCCAUAAUCCCUGGCCUGAGCAUAUCUGUCUUAACCCCAGCAUCAGCACUAUACCCGUCAAAGUGCCCCUAUUAUGCUUCUUCCUAAUUUUGUUUUGGAGGUCUCCCAGGUUUACAUCCAUCAACAAAGGCAGAUUUAUUUAGUUUCUAAGUAUAUAAAAUGGCUGGUUCAAGGAUCCAGUCUCUCUAAGCCCCGCCCAUCUUAGAGUCUACUCUACUCUGCUCUGAUUGGUUAACCCAGCUUAUUUUGAUUGGUCGACCACUAAGAGAGUGAGAGCAUGUCAUAAAUCAGACGCCCAUUACUACAUGCUAAGGUUUCCUUAGCACUUGUAAACAGUUAAUGGUAGCUAUGGAAAGCAUUGAAUAAAUUAUGCAGAUUUAUGCAUGAAUUCAAUACUGGAAUAACAGCCAGAAAAUUCAUGCAGUUCAGAAUCUGCUAUGUCCGUCACAACCACAGGGAUAGGAGGCCAGCACACACAGAAACACUGAAGAAGGCCAUAAUCCCUGGCUUGAGCAGGGACUGUCUGUCUUAACCCCAGCUUCAGCAGUAUACCCCAUCAAAGUGCCCCUAUUAUGCUCCUUCCUAUUUUUGUUUUGGAGGUCUCCCAGGUUUACAUCCAUCAAUGAUUACAGAUUUAUUUAAUUUCUGAGUGUAUGAUAUGGCCGGUUCAAGGAUCCAGUCUCUCUAAUCCCCGCCCCUCUUAGAGUCUACUCUGGUCUGAUUGGUUAACCCAGUUUAUUUUGAUUGGUUGACCACUAAGAGAGUGAGAGCAUGUCAUAAAUCAGACGCCCAUUACUAUGUGCUAAGGUUUCUUUAGCACUUGUAAAUAGUUAAUGGUAGCUAUGGAAUCUGCAAUGAAAAAAUUAUGCAAAUUUACGCUUUAAUUUAAUACUGGAAUAACAGCCAGAAAAUUCAUGCAGUUCAGAAUCUACUAUGUCCGUCACAACCACAGGAACAAAAGGCCAGAACAUCCACAAACCCUGAAGAGGGCCAUAAUUCAUGGUCUGUCUUAACCCCAGCUUCAGCACUAUACCCCAGUAAGGUGCCCCUAUUAUGCUUCUUCCUAAUUUUGUUUUGGAGGUCUCCCAGGUUUACAUCCAUCAACGAUUACAGAUGUGUCUCUUUUCUAAGUAUUUGAAAGGGCUGGUUCAAGGAUCCAGUCUAUCUCAGCCCCGCCCAUCUUAGAGUCUACUCUGCUCUGAUUGGUUAGAUAACCCAGUUUAUUUUGAUUGGUCGAUUUACAGUGUAUGUUAUGAAUCAGACGCCCAUUACUAUGUGCUGAGGUUUCCUAUGUGAGCACUUGUAAACAGUUAAUGGUAGCUAUGGAAAGCAUUGAUUAGAAUAUGCAGAUUUAUUCAUGGUUAUAGACUGAAACAACAUCUAGAACUUUCAGGCAGUUCAGAAUCUGUGUUCUGGGAGACAAUACAUUAAUUUAUAGUAUACUUUGUAAAUUUGCUGAUGUUUUAUCUUUAUAAUAAGCUAUAUCACACACUACAUAUAUCAGAAAACAGCAUAAUGGGGGCACUUUAAAAGAUGAAGAGACCAAGUGGAAGGUUUCUUCUUUUUUUGUCCAAACAGAAGGACUGUACCAUGAAAUGAACGACAGAGAAACAUGAAUAAAAUGUUUCUGAAUGUAUCAAAGACUAUUUUUGAUGCUAAAAUGCACCUAUUCUCUAAACACAGUGGACAUGAUAUGUCUGCUUUUAAUUUUGUGGUCCAUUGGCUUCUUUAAGUGGCAAAAAAUAGCUUGCCAUGAAUUCAAUGGCCUUGACUUCUCGUGAAAAGUUCACGCAAUGGCAUGCAAAAACACUCUUUUAAAGCCGAGCCAAUGUAACAAGGGAUGAAACCUGUCUCGGUUGCCUUUCCAGAUGGUUGAAUAUUUCUAUCAGGCCUUAAAGUGACAACUGAAAUUCAUUAAGCAGUUCCCAAAAAGCAUAUUUAAAUGCGCAGAACUGAUGUGGUGAUGCUUGUUUAUGCGAAUAUACCCCUGACGUUCCCCAGGGAGCAAUAUAUACUUCACAGCUUCUGUGGUUGUGAAAGGGUUGCUCCCUCAGGCCUUGCACAAAUGAAUGUACUGUCACAUUGCUUAUGAUUCAAAUGUCUGGCUUCUGUGACCGUUUCAUUUACUGAUGUCAUUUUGUGUUUACUGGUGAUAAUAAUCAAUGUAAAUUUGCCUUCACUGUCAUGCAGGUUUCAGCGUAGCUGUUUUCUCUAAAAAUCCUUUUGGGUUUGUGUUAGUUAUUAGUACCAGACAGAAGGGGGCAUAUUAGUCCAUAUCCUCAGUGGAAUGUUUUAAUCAGAAAAGGAAGAAAAAAAUUAUAAAUAUAUAUAUAUAUGGCUGCCUUUUCUUUGAAAAGACUGUAUUUUUGUUUUGUUUUUCAUAAUUAUACAUGCAUAGACACUUUUUCUACUCUUAAUUUUAUACCUUGUUUUGUAACCAAAUAAAUUUGAUUGACAAACUU